AUGGGGUUGGCGAGAGCAAGUCCAGCCGUCUUGAAGUUCGUGAAGGAGAAGUUCAGCUGCGAGGCAUGCAAGGCAGGACCACUUCCGAAGCCUAGUAGACCUGCGACGGUAGUGAGAGGAUAUCGACCAAACAUCGUUGUCGGUAUCGACGUGAUGUUUGUUCCUGACGUAGAUCCCCGCAAACUCAGACCAGUCCUGAACGUGGUCGACUGGGGGUCAGGUUAUCAAGCUCUCGAGCCGAUGCGGGAGAAGACAGCCGAGGAGGCUUGGCGCAAAUUUUGGAAGUGUUGGGCCCGGCAUUUCGGACCUCCCGAGAUCAUUGUCACAGAUGCUGGUAGUGAAUUUUCCAAAGAGUUUUGCCGUCGUGCCGCAGAUCGCGGGAUCGUCACUCGACAGAUCGGCAGUCGAGCGCCUUGGCAGCAAGGCAUUACAGAGCGGCAGGGAGGUCUGGCCAAGUUGCUGUUUGAACGGGUGCGAGAGGAAGUUUGUCCCACAGAUCUUGGGGAGUGGUCAACAGCACUGCGUGAGACAGAGGCUGCCAAAAAUCGUCUGUACCAUCGGAGCGGCUUCACUCCCGCUCAAAGACAUCUCGGGCAGAAUCCUAGGCUUCCUGGGAGUCUCAUGUCCGACGACUUCCUCGAUCCCGAGCUUGUUGAAGCGAGCGCCUCGGAGGAAAUGCAGCGCACCCUGGAGAUCAGACAGAUUGCGGCCGAGGCAUUCGUACAGGUCAAAGCAAAGGAGGCAUGUGAUCGUGCAGCACGCACGCGAAGCCGAACCCAUGAGACCUUCAAGCCCGGAGAUUUGGUCUACGUGUUCCGAAAGCCCAGAGAGAGGAAGCGCAAGAAAGUCGGGGAGAAUGAGACGGAGGGUCCCAACUUGUGGCUCUCGAUGCGGGGUGAGUUGUGGAAGGCUGCUAAAGAGCAGAUACGCAAAGCAACUUCUUCAGAAGCUGAUGCCCAUCAAUUGCUUCGGGAAGAGAUGGCAGACUUGAGAGAGGAGUUGAGUCGGUCAGAGCAGAGGCAACCAUUCAAGGAUAUUACUUUAGAGCCUUUUCCUGACGACCACGCCGAGGAUCAGCGGGAGCCGCACCAAGCCCGGCGGGUGAGAUUCGCCGAUGAGGACCAUAUGAACGUGAUGACCGCGUUGUGGAACAAGGAGCUCUCGUUCAUGAUCGGGAGGAAAGUGGAAUUCCCGCGGAGAGUCUGCGGGGCCUCAGAGAACAUGGCGCGGAAGGUGAUGAAAUCAAAGAAUCCCAGAUUCCGGAUCAUGAGUGGCCGGUUUGGGAAGAGUCAGACAGAGCUGAGUGGACCAAAGUUGCAGCGACAGGAGCUCUUCGACCUCUCAGUCCUCAAGAUUCGAAGCGUGAUCUACGAAAUGCUUUUAUGCAAUCUGAUGAACUCCAUCGUAGCGAUGAGCCUGAAGAAGUCGUUGUUGGGUCUGGGGUAUGUGCAAUCGAGUCUUGAUCCAACCUUGUUCCUGUUGAAGGGCAAGAAUGAAGUAGAGGGGUUGGUGAUUGUGGAAGUGGACGAUCUGUUCACAGCAGGUGCCGAGGACCAUUAUCGUCGCAUGAACCAGCUGCAGCAGAAAUACACGUUCGGUAAAUUCAAAUUCAUCCAGGAGGAGCCGGAGGGUGUCGGAUUCAACGGGCGUCGCAUCAAACAGUUCGCAGAUGGUAGUUUCAGUUACGACCUUCAGAAAUUCAUCGAAGAACGUCUUCAACCUAUAGAGAUCGAGGGCAAGUUCGGUGAUACAGAAGCUACCGGUGCGGAAGUGGGACGGGCUCGGGCAGUACUUGGAGCUUUAAACUGGCUGGGUCGAGAGGGUCGUCCGGAUCUAGCUGGAGAGGUCAGUAUACUGUCAUCCCGAAUUCCUCAGUUGAAAGUCAAAGAUUUGAGAGAGAUCAACAAGGUCGUUAGUCGCGCAAGAUACACUUCCCACAUGUCCGUUAAAGUGCAAAGCAUCCCAGAAGACAAGCUCGCUUUUGCAGUGGUGAGUGACGCCAGCUACGGAAACGUCGGAGAUGGAGGCUCUCAAGGGGGGCACUGCAUCGUGGCCUUUGACCAGUGCAUGCACGAUGGAGCUGCGGCAACCUGCAACGUGUUGUACUGGAAAUCGGGCCGUAUCCACAGGGUCGUCAACUCUACCUUGGCGGCAGAAAGCAUGAGCUUAUCACGACGGCUGGGUGAUCUUGCUUGGUCUGUUACCGUUUUCAAUGAGAUGAUGCUUCAAUAG